UUUUUUUUGUUCAUUCCCAGAGGAAAACUAGUUUUUGUGUUAUGCCAGUUCUGUCAUCAUGUUGUUGUUCUCAUUUCAAACAUUUUGUUGUAACCCAAGUAUCUAGAUGGUAUAAAUAGGUUGAGGAGGUUGUAAAUGUCACGUCAAUCAUGGCACUGUUUUCCAAGGUAAAAGAUAUCUUCAAAAGCACCUCUUCUGUGAAGAGGAAGAAAGUCUACCACAAUGUUAAAAUACAAAACCCAGCAGAUGUCUGGAUCAUUAAGAGUGAAAUUGGUGAUGGUGCAUAUGGUAAAGUUUAUAAGGCAGAGAAUAUACACAAUGGAACUUUAGCAGCACUGAAGAAGGUUGCCUUAGAGGAGGAUGAAGACCUUGACAACUUCAUGGUGGAAAUAGACAUUCUGGCAGAAUGUCAGCAUGCAAACGUUGUGAGAUUGCUGGAGGCGUACCACUGGGAGGGAUGUCUCUGGAUGUACCUGGAGUUCUGUGAUGGAGGGGCUGUGGACAGCAUCAUGGUUGAUCUUGAUCGCCCCUUGACAGAAGAACAAAUUUCCUACAUCACCCACCAUCUACUUCAGGCUCUAGACUAUGUCCACAGGCAUAGGGUGAUUCACCGAGACAUCAAGGCAGGCAAUGUCCUCCUCACAACUGAUGGAGGUGUCAAGCUGGCGGAUUUUGGUGUGUCAGCAAAGAACAAGAACACAAUGGACAAGCGCGGCACCUUUAUUGGGACGCCAUAUUGGCUCGCCCCUGAGGUUAUAAAGUGCGAGACGAUCAUUGACUCCAAAUAUGAUUACAAGGCGGACAUUUGGUCCCUGGGCAUCACACUCAUAGAGUUCGCUCAAAUGGACCCUCCGUACCACGAGGUGUCGCCGCUCAGAGUUCUUCUCAAAAUCCAGAAAUCUGAUCCACCAAAGUUAGACUGCCCAAGCAAGUUCUCCCGAGACUUCAACGACUUCAUCGCCUCGUGUCUAGUGAAGAACCCUGAUGAGCGGCCUGACGCACGCCAGCUCAUGAAUCAUCCUUUUGUGAAGAAGCCUCAAAACGCCAAGCACAUCAUUGCGCUGCUCAUUGAGUACCAGGCUGAUGUGGUCGAAGAGGAUGUUGAAGAAGAUCCGCGGGCAUCGCGCCUCAGUCUUGAUUCAGUCGACCAGCACAGCUUGAGCCAAGACUCCGAGAGCAUCGCUAGCAAGCAACAAAAGGAGGCUACCCCGACGGGCGUUACAGAGAGACGGGCUACUAAAGGACCCGCUCCUCCUCCUCCUCCUGCGCCUUCCAAGAAGGGUCCUGCUCCAUCCACUCCUUCUCCUGCAGUCGUCACAACGCCCUCCACAUUCCCUGCCCCUGCCUCAUCUUCCACUCCAACCAUCACUCCUGGUACUGCCGUUACUUCGUCCCUUGCAGUAACAUCUUCUGCCACUUCGGCCCCGAUAGCCUCACCUGUUACCAGUCCAUCCAUUGAUUUGAAUGUCAUCGCGCCAUCGCCUCUACCAUCUGCUGAUGUGUCUCCUCCUCCCCCCGUGUCUCCUUCAGUGUCUCCUCUAUCGCCUGUUUUGUCCCCUGAUCCUUCUUCUCAACCUUCUGUCCCUGUAGCUUCCUCAGAUUCCCCAAAAGGCUUGGUUCCUCAGCCUCCAUCUGUCCCUACUACCACAACUGUCUCUUCGUCACCCCCAGACUCUGGUGCGUCGUCAUCUGUCAAUAAUGUGCAAUCCCCUUCAUCUGUUCCUGUCACUUCUCCUGCUGCUUAUAUCGCCACUGUGACUUCAUCUGUUAGAUUAUCACCAUCUGUGGAGACUGAUGUAGUAGCUUCAUCAUCACAAAACGAUGACACAUUUGAUUCACCACCAACUGGUAAGGAUGAAAACUUGAGUGACUCUGACUCAAAACUUGUGCCUGAUGACCCGCUGAUUAAUUCACCAACUACCAAGACUCUUCCAAGCCCUGCUUUUGAUUCAACCAUCACAACCGCUAUCCCUACUUCCAGCGGUGAUGUUGUGCUUAGUGGCGCUUCCCCUGAAGUCUCUUGUUCCUCUCCCAUUAGUUACUCUACUACUUCUGUUCCUGUUGCUGUAGUCUCUAGCAGCGGCGUGAGUGUCUCUGUUCCAGAAGCUCCUCUGGAUGCUCCACAGCAGUCAAUGGCGCUUCCGCUUUCAGUUGUGUCUGCUUCUGUGUGUGUGGCUACCGCUGAUGUUGCUAGUACGUCUACUGCUGACACAUCCAUGGUUAGCAUCACGACUCUUGGAGAUGACAUGGCCGUUGAAACGGUCAAUAUUGUGCCCCAAGAGAAGCUCGUUAUUGAAGAAAAUGAAGAUGUUUCAUCGUUUCCAGUAAUCCCACCCUCUGUGAUAGUAGACUCUACUUCCAAAACACACAUUAUUAGUGAUGGUUUUCCAAAAGAUAUUCAAGAUGGUCAUUGCCAACCAUCAAGCACUGUCGUUUCAAUCGGAGAUCCCAUGCCUGAUAUAAGAGCUUUCGAUCACGACGUAGGCACUAUAGCUGACGCACUUGACGUGUGCGGUUCUAUCGACGAUGCGCUCGACGAGUCCUUGUAUACCAUGGACAGAGAAGAGAUAAUUGACGGUUAUGCCGAGCCUUCUUUGCCGACGAAAUCAACUUCCAAACCUGCAGAAACUCGCCAGAGAUCACCAGACGACCUUCCCAGCAACGAGCUCUCGAUUGUUGUGUGCCCUGAUGCUCCUGAUGAUGCUGAUGCUGACUUGAUGCCUCAAACUAUCACCCCAGCGGCUGAUCAUCGGACCCUUGAUGUGCCUGUCGCUCAGAUCAUUGCGUCCAUAGGCAGUGAAGGCACGGUGAUCGUUCGCACCCCCACCCCCACACCUCAGACGCCCACGCCCCCCACCUCCACCCCACCUCCCCAGCAGUCGCUUGUCACCUUCUCAGGCCCAGGUGUGGUCGAGAGCCCUACCUCCACCCCCCUGGACAGCCCUCGCGCCCCUCCCCUGGGGGACGAGAGCUACACCCUUGCUGCAGAGGAGGCUGUGCAGCUGCUGGAUGAAGUGAUCGACCACCACGAGACGAGUUCCCCCGACCAGUCCCUGCUGCACGACUCCACCCUGAACGAGUCCACCAGCAGCGUGGUGGUAGUGGACGGUCCCAGGCAGGUGGUCAUCUCGCACUCCCACACCCUCGACGGCGAGAGCAACACCGACGAUGUCGCGUCGCCUACGAGAGUGGCAGGGAAGACGCACAUCUCAGUGGUGCCUGUAGCGGAGCACACCUCGCCUGCGCCUCCCGACGCUCUGCACGUGACCAUCGAGGGCACCACUCUGGGCGACACCGACGUCGACUCCCUCGUGACGCCUCACAAGCAUUCCAAGUCUGCGGAUGCGGUCAAUGGUCGAGACGCGCCUGUGGCUGUCACUGCUGCGCGUCACGCUCUCGAGGACAGGUCGGACAGCGACAGUAUCAGCACCGUGAGCUCAGAGAAGGAGAACAGCAAACCGACGGGCGUUGGUGGCGGCGGCAGCAGCGAGGAGGAGGUCGUGCUGCGGCACCCGACCGCCGGCCGGUCGCCGUCCACGGACACGUCGUCGUACCGCAGCGAGGCUGGCGAGUCUAUGAUCGAAGACUCGACUCUGAAGAACGUCAAUCGUCAACGCCAGAGUAGGCAGGCCAUUGCCACCAAGAACGGCCGCACCAAAGAGGAGAAUGAGAGCAUUGCUCUUAGGAAGAAGACGCGCAAGCGCACCAGGAAGUUCAUGAUAGACGGCGUCGUCAUGACUACCACCACAAGCAAGGUUAUCUACGGCGACGACGAAGAAGGCAACAUUAUGACGUCCGGCCAUCUGGCGCGCAAGCAGGAGCUCCGCGAGCUGAAGCUGCUGCAGAAGAUCGAGCAGAAGCAGUUCCAGGAGCUCGGCAUCAAAGCCAACAACGCCAGGAUCGAGCAGGAGAGGAAAUUUGAGGCUGAGAGAAGUCAGCUCGUCAGAACUUACGACAACGACGUGGACACGCUCAACAGACAUCAAAAACAACAGGUUGAGCGCACAGAAGCCCAGCACGAAGUUGAGUUGAAGAGUUCCAGCAAAAGGAUCAGAGCUGACCAGGAGAAAGAGCUACGAUCCUUCCGCGACUCGUUGAAGAUCGAAUUGAAGCUGCUCAAGCAGGAGGUCGACCUUUUGCCGAAGGAUGUGAGGAAGGAAGCUCUGAGGAGUCGCAAGGAACACCUGGAGAGCGAUCAAGCUGAGCGGGAAAAAGCUUUCCUAGAAAGAUUGCACCAAAAUCAUGAGUCGAGCAUGAAACGGCUGUCUGAGGAGCACAGAGCUCACGUCGCACUUCUGGAGCGGCAGUUCCUGCAGAAGAAGCACCAGAUGUUGAGGGCGAGAGAAGCUGCUCUAUGGGAGCUUGAGGAACGUCAUCUGCACGAGAGACAUCAACUGGCCAAACGACAACUCAAAGAUAUCUUCUUCCUCCAACGUCACCAGAUGUUGCUGCGUCACGAGAAGGAACUGGAGCAAGUGAGGCGUCAGAACUGUCAUCGUGAAGAGGAGCUGAUCAAGCGUCAGGCCAUUGAGCGACGUGCCAUGCCCAAGAGGAUCCGUCAGGAGAUGAAAGCCAGGGAGCUCAUGUUCAGGGAGAGCUUGAGGAUCAGCACCACCAACCUGCCUGAAUCACAUCAGGACGAGAAAGAGCGACUGCGCAAGUUUCAAAUGUGUGAACGUCGCCGUUAUGAAGCUGAACGCAAACGUGCUGAUCAGAAGCACAAAAAACAACUCGAGGAGUUGCAGGCCGCUACCGAGGCCCACGCGAAGGAGCUGGAACAAAUGCAGAACGAGAAGCGCAAGAUGCUUAUGGAGCACGAGACACUCAAGCUGAAAGCCCAAGAGGAAGAGUACCAGAAGGAACUCAAAGAUUGGAAGAAUAAUCUCAAACCCAGAAAACAGAAACUAGAAGACGAGUUCGAGCAGCAGCUGCUGGAGCAGGAGGAGUUCUACGGCGCGUACCUCACAACCAACGGCACGACUCUCCUCUCGUCAGCUGCUGAUGCUCCUACCGCCACCGCCUACUAGCAUCGCUGUCCUCGCCACCAUAUCAGUGCAGAUCUCCGACCUUAUUUCGGAGCCCAAUAAUUACAUUCAUGUUUUGAUUAGGAUCGCAACACCGAGGACGCGACUAUCGGAUUUUAGUUCCAGUCAAAUUGAGUUCCUGUAUGGCAUGGGUGAAGAUAUCUCUAAUGUCGCUUGAAGUCUGAGAAGAAGUAUUUGAUUUCUUUGCACCAUCGGUACCACUUUCCGGGCCUCUUAGGAACUGAGAAAUCUUAAUUUGACCAACUAAUUAGAUUUUUAAGCUUCAAGCUUUUUCGGAAUAGUAAUCUGUUGACAAGUAUGGCUUAUCGUUUCUACUUUCCUUUGCCGAGUCAAAAUUAUUGAGUAUAAUUUAAUUAUUUAUUUGUAAAAUAUUUAGUAUUCUGGAUCUCGCUUGGCGUAAAUUCUACCCCUUAACGUAGCUUCCCAGCAGUUUGUAAGCAGGAUUUCUCAAAUUUCUCAAUGACGGGUAUCUAAUGCAGUGAUUGAUUCGUUAGUUCACGUAUUAUGUUCAGUACCAUGAAAUACUCUUCUUAUGUUGCUGAAUUGGCGGCAAAAAAAUUGUCUGAAAAUAGUUCAUUUCCGAGAAUGAACAGUAUUAUUACAAAUAAUAACUUCCAUUAUAAAAUACUUCUAUUCCCCGACUUCUGCUUUUUCCACUAGUUUUGAUUUUCCUUUUGUUGGGACUCAAAAUUUUAUUGCUCAAUGAGAAUCAAACGGCGAAGUGGCAAGCCUGCGCGCACAAACAACGGAGUUAUUGUAUAUGAUGUUUGUAAUUUGUGUCUCGAUGCAUCGAAAGAACCGCUUGCGGUCGCUCACAUUCGUCCAAUGUCUGUGAAAUGAUUGGCCUACGUAGAUUAAUUAAUUACCCUUAGCUUACAAAGAACGUGAUUCUACCUUGUGCUUGUUCUUCAGUUUUUAGAGUUAAAAUAAUUAGUUUUCUUUAGUUUAUAUCUGUUGCUAUAUUUGAUUGCAGUUCUAUUGAAGGUAUUGUCGUACAAUAUGACGUAUCCAGUCUACGCCCACGUAUGCAAGCGUGCCUAAUGUAAUAUUUGUCCUGACGUGCCUCGAACGUGCAUAUAUUUCGCGUGCGUUUACUGCACUCUCCAAAAUUUGCAUCUAGAUAAAUUUGUCUUAAUAUCUAAUCUUAAUUAUCCGAAAAAUCUGUUAACGCAGCAUUGUUUAUUCGAGAGUGCUGCCGUAUGUAGAAUUAAUGUGAAAUUAGAGGAUGCUUAUAUUAAUUAGUGAUUAGGAGAAGCUGUAAAGCUUAUAAUAAUUAGUAAUUAGUAUAAGCUAUUAAGCUCAUAUUAAUUAAUCUUCAUAAUUUUCCGAGUGUGGCCUCAAUAGAGCGUACAUCGUUUCUAUAAAAACAUUUCCAAAGAUACUGCUAUGAGUGGAGUAGAUUUUGCCUUCUUAUGCGCCUCAUUUGUAGCCAAACUCAUCAAGACUUGUCUAUAUCUUUUGAUCGAAAGCGCGUCAUUUUGUACAUGUUAGAAUUAUUAAGUGCAAGAUGCUGUUAUCAGCAACUUGCUCACAAUGGUUUCCUUUUCUUAUUUUCAAGUUAUUCUUUGUCAGUUGGUAGCAGAUGAACGUUCAUUAUUCGGUUCUUUAUCUUCUUCCGAGUAACCUUCUUUUGUUAUCUCUUAUGUAUAUUUUCUCUUUAUUUUUCAUACGCGCUUACUUCUGCAAUAUUUCCUCUUUCGAAGUCUUUUGAUUGUCUAGUUCUUCCAUGGUUCGCAUCUAUUCCUCACUGCCAUCUCAUCAUAAGACCUUACCAUCGCUUUAUCUCCUGAAUCUCCAUUUCAAAUUAUUGUUUUGCGAGCUUUUCAUCGUCUAAAUUGUUUGUUUGCAACGCACCCAUCUAUUCGUUCUCAUAGCCCAUUACAGAUUUGGAAGAUCAUUGCAGUUCUGUCUCCGACUUUCAGAAAUGAACAACGGAGGUUUCGGUACUUAAUGUUGAGCUUUACAUGUCGAGAAUUUCUGGUUUCACUCAGUUUACUGUGAAAUAGAUUCAUGAUACCAUUGAAGGAGUGUCCCAUGACACCGCUGCCACGCUCAACUAAAGUCGUGCCAAUUGCAUCGAUGUAACUUCCAUUAGGGUUUUUAAACGGAUGAUGCUUUUACUAUUACUCCUAUUUCGACAGUCGAUUAGAUGACCUUGUCUUUAGGAGAGAAUCUGAUCAAUUGCUUAUGGGAUUAGCUCUGCGGUGUGUCACACUUUCAAGUUGUACAUUCUUUAAAUAGGAAUUAGAAGACUUUUAUGUAUUCACUUUUGAAUCUUUACGUACGUGGUUCUUUUUUCAAGUUGAAUGUUUGUUCAUGUUCAAUGUGAAGUUUCAGCGUCUUAAAUCUGGUGGAUAAACUGCAGACAUGAUGUAUCACUUUUCUAUAUUAUCUUGUUUCGCUAACCUGGCGAUUAUGUAUUGCUUUGAAUUUUGAUUUUGAGGAAUUUUAUACUCAAGUUUAGUAUUGGUUUUGUGAGGCAAAACUCUUUUUGUUGCUUUAUGCUUGAAAUUUUGAUUUUGGACUGGAAAUUUGGAUUUUGUUUUGGAGUUUUUUUGCUGCUUUGAAUAUAUCAUAGUGUCACAUUUCGUAUUAAUUUUCUGCUUAUUUCGGAAGCGCCGUGUUUACUGAUUGCUAAGUUUUUUCUGCAGUUCAUUUGUGCAAUUGUAUUAUGAGUUUCAUCGCACGGGCGAGGUACCGUUUUCUAUUUCAUUAAUCCGGAUGACUUGGGUCUCCAACUGUGCGUUGGAGUGACGUGACGUUACCUUUUGCACCAUUGAUUUUUGCAUAGAUUUGAACGUGGUCCCAAAGAAAUUGAAGAUGUAUUUUUCAUUUACCCGUAUUGUCUUCUUACUUUUGUUUGUUGUGAAAAGUUCAAGUAAGAAGAUAAGAACACAGUGCACACCACCGCAUUUGUCUCAGGAAGCUUUAGAAUUUAGGUGAGAAUUCGAUUUUCAAGCGCCGAGAAGCGGUGCUACGAAGAAUAUCCAAGUAGUUUGAAUUACUUGGCAAUUGAUUGAAUGCUUGGUUUUUGAACGGGCCUAUUUCGAUUCGUGCUCUUAUGCAAGUGAUCAGUUUGUUCUUCCAUCGUGUAUGUAUAUUUAUUAAUAUAUAUAUUCAGAGCUUGUAAGUUUGGUCGAUUUCUCCUCUUGCUAUUAUGAGUAUCGUAUCUGUAUUCGCUAGUGAUUACUAUCUCCUAUGUAUUUGCUAGAAAAAUGUAUACUAAUCAAUGCUGGUAAAACUGGCUAAGACAUUUGUAAACGCAGCAUCUUGUUCCUGGCCCGAACCUCUUUAAUUUGUUACGACAACGAAAUAAUAUUAGCUUAAAAUUAUACUGGUCUAUUAUGGAUGCAUACAAAAUUUCAAAACGGAGUCAAUAUUGUACUGCAAAUCAUGGGCCUUGUAGAAAACGUCUAUAAUCUACACCUGGUUAUAACACAUUAGUGUACUAUCUGCUUUAAAAUGGCCUUCGUAAAACCUCAACUGAUUCUUAAUGUCGGUGUAUAAGGUAAUGAUGGCAAUGAUCGCAUUCAUGUCAUGACGCAAGGUGCAAUUCUAGGAAAAUUAGGAUUCGGUAAGUGUCGGCGAGCUCCUGUUGCCUGCCUUCUCUCACUGCAACUCGUGCUGCAAUGUCUUGAAAUAUAUCACAAAACUAUUUUGUGUAAACUUGUGCUUAGAUUUUCUUUAUGGUCGACUAAUAGGAAACUUAGUGCUAGUUUAAUGGUCCUGAACUUUAUCAUGUAUUUAGUUCAAUUGGCGGUCUUCGGUAUUGAUUCUGGUGCUACGAAUACCACUACUGUUACAGUAGUGCCGGUUUUGUGGCAGUGCCCCAAAACUUUCUAUCGCCCACACUGACCAUAAUUGAGAGUCCUCUGGAAUAUUACUGUCCCACUUAGUGUGUCCAAGGCUAUUCUGGAACGUGUGUACAUAUCUUCACGACUGAAGCGCUACAAUUACUUCUUCGCGUCACUAUCGAUAGAGUUUAUAAUUAAUGUUAACAUUCGUAUCGCAAAUAUACUGAAGUAUUAUAA